UCACAAUGGUCACAACCCUACUUAACCGAUGGAAUAUUAAUUGAAGAAUUAAUUAUUCUUUUCACACUGGAUCUCUGUGGCGAAUAGAAUUACGAUCGACAGAACGAGAAAAUUGUUGAGCUCGGCAAUGCCACAUACGCUUUUCAAACGAAUCUUGCAAUUACGGUGCAAUUAUAUAUGCACGGUUAUUCAAUGAAAUUACGAACAAUUUGGAAUUUUUGAAUGAUUGUAGCGAACCAGUGCGUCUAUUAUCUAAGAUUGUCGUAUUUCCUCACGUUCAACACGUUCACCUCCUUGACUUGAAUUGACCAUGUGACAUAUCAUUUAUAUUUUAGAUGCAGAUUCCUGAUCCCUUCCAAAAUAAUAAAAAUAAUAUGGACCGAUUUUGAUUUGUAUGUCAAAAUAAGCGGAGCGACACUGAAUCAAUAGUGAGCUAUCAUUUUCAACAGAAUGACGCCCCAUGAACGGAGCAAAAGAGAUGGAACGUCACGAUUUUCCCUCGACUGCUGUACCUUGUUCUAUGCGAUGUUCGUCACCCUCUUCUCCGCUCUGUUAUUCCUGUACGGCUUCUUCCCACUGCAACUUCUGGAUGCUGGUAUCGCCAGCUUCAAGGACGUUCCAGAUCAUGUUGAACAUAUCAGAGUGAACAACGAGCUGUUGUACAAACCUAUGAUAAGCAGGUUAAUUUUCAUGGUGAUCGACGGACUGAGGUGGGAUUUUGUUGCUGGACCCAUCGGACAAGCCGGUAUGCCAAUCACACGGAGCUUGAUACAAAACGACUCGGCGUGUCUUCUUCAAGCUAAGGUCGGCUCUCCUACGGUCACCAUGCCCAGGAUAAAGGCCAUAACGACAGGAACUGCGCCAACAUUUGUGGAUGUGGUAUUGAAUUUUGGCAGCACGAGCAUAUCGGGUGACAGUCUUUUAUUGCAGGCCAAAAACCAUGGUCAUAAAUUAGUAUUCUUCGGGGACGAUACCUGGUUAAGGUUGUUUCCUGGUAUAUUUGACCGGCAUGACGGAACCACGUCAUUCUUUGUCACAGAUUAUACAGAGGUAGACGAUAACGUGACACGCCACAUCGAUGGCGAGUUGAAUAAAGACGAUUGGACCAUUAUGGUGCUGCAUUAUCUCGGGUUGGAUCAUAUCGGGCACAUAGGAGGGCCUCAAAGUCCUCUGAUAAAACCGAAAUUGAGAGAAAUGGAUGAGAUAAUCGGUAGAAUUAACGCCAAAGUUGUGCAGUGGCACUCCCAAAAUGAGCCCACGUUAUUUAUCGUUUGCGGAGAUCACGGGAUGAAGGACUCGGGUGGUCAUGGUGGAAACACACCUCAGGAAACUCUGGUACCUUUUGUAGCAAUCGGUGUAUCUUGUCCUGGAAACGAUGAUCAGCCCGUUCAGAUGGAUCAGAUAGACGUAAGCAGUACCCUUGCAGUGAUGCUGGGUAUCCCAAUACCGGCGUCGAGUCUAGGAAGUAUCUCGUUGAAUGUCUUGAGAGAACUGUCCACGUCAAGAAAGCUCUUCAGUCUUUACUACAAUGCCAAACAAGUUUUCAAUCACUUUAAAAGGCUUACUGGAUUCCAAGCUUCUGGAGCUUAUGAAAAAUAUUCAAAUGCCAUAAAGUUACAUACAGCUUGGCUGGAAACAAAUGGACUGACAAAUGAAACAGUGGAUGAAAUCGUAUUCUUAUAUACUGCUGCUCUUAGAGGGAUGAGAAAUAAACUUACCAGCAGCAUGACCAAAUAUGACCUUCACGUCAUGACAAUCGCAAUGUUUUUCAUGUUUCAUGUGCUGUACAUUAUAACGAAUACGCAGCAGGAUAGGAGCAUUACUCCUAGAAAGAUAUACGGCUUUCUGAUAAUCAACGUAAUCCUUUGGACAUCAGUCGAUUACUUAUGGGAAGGUUCAAGCGAAUCGUUGCUUUUGUCGAACGAUACAAACAGUAACUUAAUUCUCAUGGUCAUCGUUGUAAUAUUAUUUGGAAACUGUUACUUGUGUACAAAGCGCAGGCUCUCUGCUGAUAGUUUAGUACAGGUUCUGAAAAGUAAAGGAACUACACAGUGUCUAUUAAUAAUGGGUAUCAUCAUUCAUGCUCUGAGUUUCAGUAGCAGUAGUUUCGUUGAGGAGGAACACCGUACCUGGUACUUUUUUUGGACUACGUUCUGUAUUCUAUUGUUGUACAAGAUCGGUAAAUCCCUCAUUGCACAAUCGCCAAGACAUUCUCUCCAAGCAAAUAUUUCUAUGAAACUGUUCCUGUGUUUAUUGGCUCACUCGGUACUCAGGCAGCUGAAUAGCACCGGAGAUAUGUACGCCCACUUGCCCGAUAUCGCCGAUUGGCUUCAGCAACAAGAAAGCAAAAUAAAUAUGUCCGUGCUGCUAAUCUCUGCCCUUUCAAUUCUCGUUUGGAUCGGACACACCCAUGAGGAAAUAAAAUAUAAAACGUACUCAUUGACGCUGUAUAUUGCUCUCGCUGUUUGCGUGUAUCUUCGGCACAUGGGAACUGAAGCAGUAUUGAGGAUUCCAUUCUAUCCAACCUCCAAGGGAAUUGUUGAGGCGCAAUUUUUCUGGUGCUUGAUGCUGGUCUUUUCAACUUGUGCUGUGUUUAGAUUGGGGAGUACAAUACGGAGAAGUAGAAGAAAUUUUUUGUCCCUACUUCUGCGGUUCGUCAUAGAAUCCUGGGUCAUGGCUUCGACAAUGUUACACAGACCGUAUAACGUCGUAUUGUUGCCGAUUCAGAUAUUGUCCAGUAUUGUGAUAUAUGCUGCGUUGAGGGGCUAUCAAAAUCGUGAUAUCAUUAUCCACAUCUUUUACUGGCUGGGCAAUGUGUUCUACUUUUAUCAGGGUAACUCCAAUAAUUUAUCCACUAUUGACGUUGCUGCGGGCUACGUGGGAGUAGAAUCGUACAAUAUUUACAUUACGGGACUUUUUCUAGUCAUCAAUACAUAUUCUGCACCAGUUUUGGCCUAUCUCACACUUCUGUAUUUCGUCACAUGUGAAAAUGAAAAUCCAAAAUCGCUGGACGACGUGAUUGAGAUAAAUAGACUGUACGCCACGUUUAGAUUACUUCCGUUAGCUGUGUACACAAUAGUAGUUAGUAUUCAAAGAUACCAUUUAUUCAUUUGGACCGUAUUUUCGCCGAAACUUUUAUACGAGGCGAUGUACUGUAUGGUAAUGUAUAUUGUAAUGUUAACAAUGAACGCUACUUUUAUUUUACAUGACAAAAUUAACGAGUAUUAG